CGGGAGUCUUCGGGAGCCGGAGCCCGACGGGCCCCCGCCCAGGCCCCCCAGCCCUGCCCGCCUGCGCGCCCGCCCGUCCUCCCGCCCAGCCAGCCAGCCCGGGGCCCGCGGGAUUGUUAGAUGGAACACGGCUCCAUCAUCACCCAGGCGCGGAGGGAAGACGCCCUGGUGCUCACCAAGCAAGGCCUAGUCUCCAAGUCCUCUCCUAAGAAGCCACGUGGCCGGAACAUCUUCAAGGCCCUUUUCUGCUGUUUUCAGACCCAGCAUGUUGUCCAGUCAAGCUCUCCCACUGAGCUCACAUACAAGGAGGAGACAAACACCAUUGCUAAGUCGGAUCUGCUGCAGUGUCUCCAGUACCAGUUUUAUCAGAUCCCUGGGACCCGCCUGCUCCCAGAGGUGACAGAGCAAGAUCAAGGAAGAAUCUGCGUGGUCAUCGACCUGGAUGAAACCCUUGUGCAUAGUUCCUUUAAGCCAAUCAGCAAUGCUGACUUCAUAGUACCUGUGGAGAUUGAGGGAACCACUCACCAGGUAUAUGUACUCAAGAGGCCUUAUGUUGAUGAGUUCCUGAGACGGAUGGGGGAGCUCUUUGAAUGCGUUCUCUUCACUGCCAGCCUGGCCAAGUAUGCCGACCCUGUGACAGACCUCCUGGACCGCUGUGGGGUGUUCCGGGCCCGGCUCUUCCGGGAGUCUUGUGUUUUCCACCAAGGCUGCUACGUCAAGGACCUCAGCCGCCUAGGCAGGGACCUGAGGAAAACCCUUAUCCUGGACAACUCGCCCGCAUCUUACAUCUUCCACCCAGAGAAUGCAGUGCCUGUGCAGUCCUGGUUUGAUGACAUGGCAGAUACAGAGUUGCUGAACCUAAUUCCCAUCUUCGAGGAGCUGAGUGGAGCAGAUGACGUCUACACCAGCCUCGGGCAGCUGCGGGCCCCCUAGCCUUCUUGCUUCCAAGAAACGGCCAUCCCAGUAGGGGACUUUGCUACACUGUGCCUUUCUGAUCAGCCUGACUGACCUAGCCGAGAAGCUGGAGCACUUGCCCAAAGGGUCUGGAAGUAGCUGGAAAGCGGUUGACGAGCUUUAGGACAGGUUAGGUGCAGAGCAGGCAAAUCAGACCUAUCCAGAGCUGUCUGCACCCUGUGUUUGGUUCCCAGGAGAGAGAGUGAGUGUGUGUGUGUGUGUGUGUGUAUGCACGAGUGCGUGGGCCUGUGCCCAUCCAGUGAACUAUGGCCCAGGGUGCCCAGUGUUCCGUAGGGGAGAAGCUGGUCGGUCGUCUCCUUUACUGCUGACCAUGAGCUGUUGGGCUUUACAGUGAUGGAGACUCUUGCAGGCACUCUUGCCAAACCAUGGCCUUCCUCAACUUCACAAGGCCCGUGCCAAGGAGAAAGGAGAAGCCAGAGGCUGUCUUGGAUGCCCAAGGCACACACCUUUCUGAAAACAUAAAAUACUAGCCAGCAGCUGCAGACAUACCCAGGAAGAUGAGAGCGUGUUUGCAGAACCAGUACUCAGAAUCACCAGGUCCUGUGGCCUCCAGGCUGCAUCUGGCUCUCGAGUACCUGCAUGGGCCUGCUGUCUCCCAGGCGCCAGCACCAAGGCAGCCUUCUCAGUCCCUAGCCAUAGUCUGCCUCCCACGGGGAAGGAGGUCUUCUCCCUGCCCUGGAAGAGGACAGAGAGCUGAUUGCUGUUCUUCUAACUCUUUAAAAUUCUCUUUCUAAACAUGGAGUGGUGGGCCUGGUUUGUAUCCGGCCGAGCUGCAGUCCUGGGCCUCAGAUGCAUGUGGGAGGUGCUAGGGUAUGGGGAAACACAAAUGUCCAGAGCAGAGUGUGUGGCUCCUUGCUGGUAGAUCCUGAAAGUCUGCUCUUCAGGGAUGCUGUGCUGGUGCUGAUGCAGACAUUAGCUCCAGAGGAUGGGGAGGGUUGCUAGGCUGCCCCCCGCCCUCCCGGUCCCUGGGCAGAGCUCUUUUGUAUCGUAUUGUGUCUUCCCUGGUAUCCUGUCCUGGUUGUCGUGCUCAUCUAGCCUUCACCCUUCCUGGAUGUUUCUCUUCCUCCCCAGGGCUUUGGGAGAACUGCUUUCCUAGGACUGAGGGAAAAAGCAGGUCUUGCUGUCACUGGUUUGCCAAAUGGGCAAAUAGCUCCUGCCUCUGGUGGCUGUAGGACUGAGUGAGGUCCUCACAGACCUGCACUCUGGGGGUCUCUAAAUUUUCAAUCUUAAGUGCUGUAAAGUGAGACCAGAAAGGAAGUUCCCCAGAGUGCAGACAAAAGGGAAGUGCUGCAGUCGUUAGGAGCACAAGGCCCCUGAGGCGCCCACCUCAGCAUUACUGCCUUAAUUGAGUCCUGCCCCCAGGGCGGGGUCCGAUUCUCCUCCCUCUCAGAGCUGGUUGGAGUUCUGAGCCCCAUCUCUGCUUUCCCUGGAGGCAGGUGCCAGCAUUUGUGAAUUGUUUCAGGUGUGGUCACCGCCCACUCAGGAGUCAUACAAUAGUUUUUAGUUUCCACACACUAGGUCCUGCCUCAGGAGCUAACAGGUUUCAAGAAGCCUGGUGGUGGAGCUCGGUUGAGUGGGAGCUUCCUGUCUGGCAUCCAUCCAGCCUUGUGCAGUCUCCUUAGUCCCGGCUGUGGAUCUUUAGCUUGGUGACACACAGAACAGGCUCCCCAGCUCAGGCCAUUUCCCCAGCAUUCUUUGCUGGCGCCUGUGGGGUUCUGCCAAGGUGAUGGGAUAGGGCUCCAGGUGCUAACCAGGAACACUGGAGCUUGGUUGUGGCUUCAAAUGCAGGUCCUGGUCUCACUGCCCACCCUAAUAUUGCAGGAGGGGGGUCCUCGCAAGGCCUGCUCUGAGGACUAGUCCUGACUAAGCAAUAAGAGCCUCGGAGUUGACUGUCAGGGUCCUUUUCUGCGUCUCCCACGUUUUACCUUGUAGAGGAAGAGCCUGUGCUCAGCCCUUGCUGGAGUCUGAUCCAUGACCAGAACCCAGUGUGGCUUCAUGGAAGAGCCCUGCUGCUUCUACAGAAGCCGCAGCUUUCUGGGCCUGUCUGUCCCCAGAAUCUCACCUGCCACCUGUACUUGCUACAGAGAUGCCACCCCGCUCUUUCCAAACCUAAACAGGACCUGUCCUGCUUGCUAGUUCCAUGUCUUAGGGGCAAGUGACGGUUGGGGGUGUCUCUCAGAGAGCUCAAGCAGGCAUAGAGAAGGGCAAGGCUGGAGGGAGCCCGCUCAUCCUGGAGUCUGUCACCGGGCUUGCCACCAGCCUUCCCACAGACGGGUCUUCAGGAAUCAGUAGACCACCAUGCCUCGUGCCAGCACCUGCUCAAGCCAUGCCAGGAAUCUGCCCACCUGCCAGGUUCAACUCCUUACGGUGCCUCUUCAGGGACACAGUGUGUCUCUCUGAUUGGGCUUCUAAAUCAAAAGCCUGAUGUUCGUGUCCCUCUUAUAGGGGGGAGCCUUGGACACAGGACCAGUUUGAUAAAGGGCCAGGUAAGGGUUUCCACUCUGCACAUUGUAGAGGGGACACUGUAGGCCCGGGGGUCCCCGAGUUAAAGAGUUGAGUGAAGUUGCCUUCAUUUAACCGGGGACCUGUUUCACUCCCUCUUGCCUCCCAAAGAUUUCUGUGUAAAUGUGUAAACAGUGGCUCAGAAAAAGCUUUGUACUAAAAGCCUGGGGCUCUCCAGGCAGCAGUGCCUGGGAAAUGGAUCCCCUGCGAUCCCACGCCCUGCCCUGUUCUGUUCCAGAGGCCUCUUAGCGGUGCAGCCUGAUCAUGGCUGUUGUGCAUCCAGUAUGUCAGCCUGGCUAAGUGUGUGAGAACGAUUACCCUGUUUGUCCUUUGGGCUGCUUAACCACGGCUACUUUUCAGUUCUUGUUUUGUUUUUUGUUUUUUUUAAAUACCUUAGUUUUGUCUUUUUUUCAGACAGGGUUUCAUGAAUGGCAGGUGUUUGAACUCACUGUUUAGCCAAGGAUGAUCUUGAACUUCUGAUCUCCUGCCUCCACCUCCCGAGUGCUGGGAUCACAGGUGUGACCACCAUGCUGGCUCAUGGGGGGCUGGUGACAACCCAGGGCUGCAUGCAUGCUAGGCCAGCACUGCCGACUGAGCUCCAUCCCCAGCUCCCCUUUUCUCGUUUUAGCAAACACCGUUAGUAAAUACCCAGGGAGAAGAGGUAACAAGUCUGGCUACCUGUCCUGCCACGCUCCUCUAGUGCAGGGUCAGCUCCUGGGACGGCCCCUCUCAGGCUGGUGAUGUUCUUUGCCUGUAAUUACCCCAGGUUUGCCUAUUUACCCUUCUAAGAUGCCAUUUGGAGGGGGAGGGGUCCACAUCCCACUGUGACUGGGCUAUGGGAUCCUUGACCACCUUGCUUCAUGAUUUGAUACAUUUGUUGUAUUCAAAAAACUUGAAAUGUAGGAUGCCAUUAAGAGUCUGUUUAUAUUUUUGGAAUAUUUGUAUUACUUACAGUUAGUUAAUAAAGGCUGGUUUUAAGACCUG